AAAUAGCGCAAGGUUUAACGUUCGCGAGAAAUGGAGGCGACAAAUGAUCUGAGGUCACCUUAUGACAAAGCAAAUAUUUUCUCCAAAAUGUUUUUUGUUUGGCUCAACCCUUUAUUCGCGCACUCACAUCCAAAAACUUUAACGAGUGACGAUGUUUAUGUGUGCCCUGAAAGUGAAAAAGCUGAUUGGAAUACCGAAAAAUUAGCACGAGAGUGGGAUUUAGAGAACAAAAAGAAAAAUCCGAAACUGUUAUUGUCGGUGUUUAAGGCAUUUAAAAAAGAGUUAUUUAUUUCAGGUUUAUUUAUGAUAUCUAAACUAGCUUGUAAUAUUUCCAAAUCAAUAAUUCUGCGGCAAGUUUUGCUGGGGUUUAAUGAUAUCGAAGACCGUCAGAAUAUGAUCAGAGCCAUUAUCUUUAGCUUCGCAUUUAUUUUGAACACCAUUGUGACGGUUAUAGUUGUAAAUAUUAGCUACUGGAUUUUAUAUCGUCUAGGUACACGUGUGCGAGUCGCAGCGUGUGGUUUGAUUUUCAAAAAGUUACUUCGGCUUAACCAGAAAGCACUGGGAUGUUCAACAACUGGUCAGAUAAUCAAUUUGUUGUCUGUAGAUGCUCAAUGUUUUGAUAAUACAUUUUUAUUCGUACAUUAUUUGUGGAUUGGACCAGUUGAGACGCUCAUAACUUUUGGCUUAAUGAGCCAAAUAACUCUUGUCCCAAGUUUAAUUACGGUGGGAGUUAUUCUCAUGUUUAUUCCUGUUCAGUUUGCUUUUAAUCGGGCAUAUGGAAAGUCAAGAUUCAAAGCUGCUGACGUAACUGAUCAACGUAUUCGCAUUAUUUCAGACAUUAUAGCAGGUAUACGUGUUAUAAAAUUCCAUGUAUGGGAAAAUGUAUUCACGAAAUUAGUUCAUAGUUUGAGGAGUAAAGAAAUUAAACUUUUUAUGAAUGGUCGGUGUUUUCAAGCAUUCCGGCUGAGUCAGCUAAUUUAUCAAAUAAAGUUUACAGUGAUGGUUCUAGUAGUGGGUAUUUUACUCUUGCAUAAAGGAGCAGAUGAUCCGGAAGCUCUCAAAAGUUAUCAGCUGUUUACUUUGAUGAAUUUAAUCACAUCACUUUUUAUUUCAGUGAUAUUAUCCAUGCCACAAGCAAUCGAACAAAUAAAUAUAGCGCAUAUUGUUGACAAGCGUAUAUCUCGAUUCCUUUUGUUGCCUGAAGUAGGAAAUGAUCAUUACCCUGAAGUAAAUAAUUCAAAUGAACAAGUUGUAGAGCUGACAAAUGUCUGUUCACAAUGGCAAAAUAAUCUAAAGCAAAUUACAUUGAACAGUAUUAAUUUUAAGGCUUGUGGUCGUGAGUUGAUUGGUAUCAUUGGUUCUGUAGGUAGUGGAAAGUCUUCUCUCUUACAAACUAUUUUGGGAGAGCUGCCAUUCUCUAGUGGAAACAUUUACAGGUCACCUAGUGUAGCUUAUCUUCCACAAGCCGCCUGGAUAUUCCCUGGAACAAUACGUCAAAACAUCCUUUGUAAUCUUCCUUUUGAGUCUGACCGGUAUGCAUUUGUACUGAAGGCAACUAGUUUAGAUGUCGACUUGUUGAGAUUUCCCGAAGGAGACAAAACAUAUGUUGGAGAACGAGGUUCUGGUUUAAGUGGUGGUCAGAAGGCGCGCAUAGCUUUGGCACGGACAGCAUAUUCUCGUCAGGAAGUCUUACUUUUAGAUGACCCGCUCGCGGCGGUUGAUGCUCGUGUAACAAAUCACCUGUUUCAGAAAUGCAUAUGUGGUUUUUUGUCAGAUAGACUUCGUUUUCUUGUUACUCAUCAACACCAGCUUCUACCUUAUAUGGACAGAAUCCUAAUUCUGAAAGAGGGAGAAAUUACAUUUUUUGGAACGUAUUCAGAGCUGCAAACAAUGAAGUUACAAGCAGAUGGUUUUUUUUGUAAUUCUUUUGAUCAUUCAAACGAUUAUGGGAUAUUCCGACUCUCAGACGGUGACAACAAUGAAAAGGAAACCAACAUUAUAUUUAAUGGACUUCGUAGACAGUUAUCAGAGACUUUUGCGAGUUUUAGAUCUGACAAACGGAGCAGUUAUUAUUCGACUUUACAGUCCCCAAGACAGUUGGAAGACUUGGUAACAGAUGGAAUGAUAUUUUCAUCGUUUUCUUUAGUUCGUGAACAUUAUAUAGAUGAUAAUUCAUUUGUAAAUGAAAAAUCCGUCCAAGGGUCUUUGAUAUUGCCUAAUGAGAAGAAUAGUAGUAUCAGAACAAUAACUACCACAGGGUCUUACGAAUCUAUACAAACAAUCAAGUCAAGCGUGUUUGAUGUUUAUGUUGUUGGUGAAGCAGAACGAAAUAGCAAAACAAUUGGCAAUGGGAAUAUUCCAGAACAUCAUCUAAGUAAAGAACCUAUUCCAGGUGAAAAUCUUAGACAUGGAAAGGUUGGAUGGAAAUAUUACUUAGUUUUUGGUCGAAUAAUUGGAAGUUUUCGCUACUUGAUAAUUACUCUUUUGAUGUUUGUUUUUACAACUGUUGUUUAUGCAACAUUCGAUUUAUGGAUAGCAAGAUGGAUUCGUAUUGUGGAUAAGCGUAACGAAACGAACAGCCCACUUGCUAAUGACUCAUCACAUGUUAUAGGAACGUGGAACUGGGAUGAUAAUUAUGUAAAUAUGUACAUAAUUAUAAUCCUUACCAUACUGCUAGUGUUUUUUAGUACAGCACGUACGCUGCUAUUUUUCAAACAAAUGACUUGUGUUGCGGAACGUUUGCACGAAUUAAUGUUCAAAGCCUGUCUUUCAACUAGAAUACUGUUUUUCGAAUCAAAUUUAUCAGGUAAAAUAUUAAACAGAUUUUCCAAAGACAUUGGAAUUAUAGAUGAUCUGCUGCCAACAAACACAUUCGAGUUUUUACAAUGUUUAUCCCUUGUAGUGACUUUUUGUGCUGUUACAGUGAUUUCUAGUUACUGGGCAAUUUUCCCAGCUAUAAUUCUUUCUAUUUUGUUUUGGGUAAUUCGUGGAAGAUAUAUGUGUUUAUCCAGAGAGUUGAGGAGACUUGAAGCAAUUGCACGUACUCCAGUACUUUCUUGGAUAAAUAUUACUUUACAAGGUUUACCAUGUAUAAGAGCCUCUGGAGAUCAAUCAUUCCAUUUAAAUAAAUUUUAUGAUGUAGUAAACAGUCAUACGGAUGUCUUCUAUAUGAAUUUAGCUGCAGCACUUUGGUUUGGUAUACGUUUGGAUCUUUCAUGUGUAAUAUUUAUAACUUGUGUUUCGGCUAUAUGCUUAAUAUUAGGAAUAUAUUCAGAAAUACCAGGAGCUAAUGUAGGUUUGAUGUUCACUUAUUCCAGUAGCUUGAUAGGAUUGUUCCAGUGGUGUGUACGACAGAGUACUGAAGUUGAAAAUCAAAUGGUAUCUGUAGAACGUGCUAUUGAAUAUGUAGAACUGGAACCGGAAACAACUGACGCACAAGAAACACUACAGCCAGAUUCUGAUUGGCCAUCACGAGGACAUAUUCAAUUUAAAGACUUUGGACUGCGUUAUGCUUCAUCCGAUACAUGGGCGUUGAAAAAUAUAAAUUUGGACAUAAGACCUGGAUGUAAGGUGGGUAUAGUGGGACGAACUGGUGCCGGAAAAAGUUCCAUAAUUUCUGCUCUAUUUCGACUUGUUGAAGGCGAGCAAGGAUGUAUACUAAUAGAUGGAGUGGAUAUCAAACGUUUACAACUGGAUUACCUGCGAAAAAGGAUAGCAGUAAUUUCUCAAGUGGGUAUAGUGGGACGAACUGGUGCCGGAAAAAGUUCCAUAAUUUCUGCUCUAUUUCGACUUGUUGAAGGCGAGCAAGGAUGUAUACUAAUAGAUGGAGUGGAUAUCAAACGUUUACAACUGGAUUACCUGCGAAAAAGGAUAGCAGUAAUUUCUCAAAUGCCCGGAUCUUAUAAAUGGUUAAUUAGAGAAUACUCACGCCCUCUCAACUAAAUGUUUAUGAAUCAUUAUUUGAAUAAAUAACUCCCUAAGGCGGUGAUUAAUUCCAACUUAAUCGACAUUCAGAAGGACGUUCUAGAAAAAGCACGGGAGUAUUAAUAAGAUCUGUUUCCGUGAUCUCGGGUAACUCUUUUGUGGCAUACAGAGAAUUAAAUCUCUGCUAAUAUCAUAAGUCCACCCAUAUGUAUGAGAUAUGUUGCUGAUUCAUUUAUAAUAAUGAAGUCAAUGAACCUGAGAUCCUCAUUCAAACUCACAAGAACAUUAUCCGUUCAUAUCAAAUUCACUUUCAAAAAUGAAAAUAACCAACCGGUUACUACAGCUAAUUCGUAUAAACAACGAAAUCUCACUUACAUCAGCACAGAAUUGUGUCAACAGAGCAGGGUUAUGUCAAUUGCGUUAAACUUUAUAUUGUGAGGUCUUCUCGUGAAAUUGUAGUGGCUUUACUUCGUUACUCAAUCACCCUUGAGACCGUUAUUACAUACAUUUCAACGGCUUUUCAAAUCAGAAGGCAAUAACAAGCGGCAACUACAGUUUUUUCAGCCGACAGGGAAGAAGAUCACAUUGCCAUAAACACAUUCAGCGAAUUCGAAGCAUGGAGGCCAAUAUGCAUGUACGAGCCAAUUCAUAGGCAAAUUAAUUUACAGUCAGAUCAUAUUAGGGCACAACAAGUCAAGGCAAAGUUUAACAAUAGGAUUUGAGCACAUAUAUACAUGGGGAGCAGGAUGAAUCAUCGAGUGAUAUUUAAGCGAUCAACAUUCUAGCAAGUGUCUGUCAUGUGAUGAUCUAGUGAUCCUAACAGAACAAAGAAAUAUGUGAAUUGUUACUGUUCAAAUAACAUUGUCUGUUAAAUAAGUUAAUAAAAGGCCUUAACCAAAAUUAACCAUAAUCGGAAUUGGUUGUAGGAUAGUUGCUAUAAUACCUUAACUGUGAUAAAGAAUAAACAUGGUACACAAAAGGUCGGGAUAGUCUCGCUAGUGUUGGAUUUUCGAAUCGAGUGAGUAGUAGCAAAAUAUUCAAUAUUCAACAACCAUGACGCGGAUAACCUAACGUUACCAUGAUCAGAUCUGUUUGUAUGUCCUCGCUAUUUGCGCUAUUUUAAGUUGUGUCAAUUUAAAAACAGCUAAUUAUUCUGCGAAAAUGCAACUCACAACAAGCGGAAAGACGUCAGACGUCAAACGUCUUGCUGAUAAAAUGGGACCACGAUAGGUCAGGUAAAGUGAAGAAUUAGGUAAGGGUUAUUGGUGCACAGUGUUUUGGAUGAUCGUUAGUGGAAAAAUAUGCUGGAAUACAUUGCUAGCAAUUGACUUAUUCUAAAUAAAACAAAAUAUACGUUUUAUCUUAUAGAGCAUAAUGAAAAAAAUUAUUGCAAGCGUAUUUGUAAGGCCCAUAUUUUUUAUCCUAACUGGUUGGCUGAAUAUGAAGCUCGGAAGCUUCACAAAACAGAUUAAUACACACUUACAUAAAUGGUUCUGAUGUGAAGAAUUUAGUCAGAUAUAGGUUAGUUUAUAUGUUCAUUUGAAAACCACGUUCCUUAGUCUUUUAUCUCUAAUUUAUUGAUUACACUGAUUUCCAUUGUUUGUUUAAAAUGUCCAUGACUUCUUAAAGAAGCUUCCUAACUCUGCUAGCUAAUUUAGUCAGUCUUUUUCAAAAGAGAUUAAUACUUACCCGUCAUAAAACCAUACAACUUUGCUAGUAAUUUUUUAUUCAUUCUUCGAAGAUUCUGACUCUGACACUUCCAAUUGUGAACUAGCUAUUUAAGUACCGAAAGGCUUGUAUCCACAAUGUGACAGUGACCCCAGUUCUAGUGGGUCUAAGUGUCUACCCAAUGUUGGUAGAGUACAUUGAAGAUUUUUUUACAGUAUUUUAAUUUUAUUCUGAGUCUACUAGUAAAAAAAAUAUUUAUAGAUUUUCUAGUAAGUAUUUUAACAAAUUAGGAUCCAAUCAUGUUCACUGGAACGGUUCGAAUGAACAUGGACCCUUUAGGUGAGAAAACAGAUGAAGCGAUUUGGAAGGCCUUGGAAAGUGUAAGUCUUAUUGCAAUAAGUUUAUACAGAACUGCUUAUUUUUUCUGUAAACUAUUUCACCACUUAUUUUUAGUGUUUAGUUCUGUGUCAAGUCCAUAUGAGUUAUUCUAGCUUCCGGACAGACAUUUAUGUAUUAAUCUUGCUCCGCACUUUGACCUUGUCAAUUAUUCGCUUAUAACCUUGACUAUUUUUAUAUAAGCGUAUGUGUCUCCAUCCCUCACCCUUCUCAUGACAUUUCUCUAACUUGUUUUUAUCUGGCUAUAAAUAUUAAGUCACUCUUGAUCAAAUCGAGUUGGCAUGUUUGCCUUCUCCGCUUUGUUUCUCUAAUUAUCUGUCUAGAUCAACGAGUGUAUGAAAUGUGUGUAACCGAAAUUCAUUCUCGUAUAUGACUUAUUUCAUCCUGUUAUUCUAUAACACAAAUCAAGUCGACAAUUAUGUACGAGGGUUGGUGGCAUGUAUAUUUCGUUAGCAUUAUCAUACAACUAAAUCGGUGUCAGAUCAACGGGCCACAAAACACUAAUGUCUUGCAAGAUGAGAAUUAAUAUUAUCUGAAAAGUCAUAGUUGAUCAGAAUGAUAGGUUAAUGUUAUUUGAUCAUUGUCGGAUUUUACGCUUCUUAACAUUAUGCUUUGCUAGAUCUUUAAAGUAUAUCCCUCAGUUUUCAUUUCUAUGCCUGCUGUAUUGCUAUGGCUUUUAACCGUGCGAUUAUUAUUUCAAGAAACAUUUGACUCCUUUUUAUCUUGGCCAAGCAUGUUUUCACGUCUUUGUCAGAUUUCGACAUCGCUUAGACCUAACAUGAUUCUUACUGUGAGUUUGUUAACAUGAUUACUUCACUGUUCUUUUUUUGUAACGUUUAAUCUUUUUAUCAGUUGGUUUAUCCUACCGAUAACAAUUCUAAUAUGUAAAAGUACUGAGUUUUUAGAUGACUUAACCACACAAAAAUGGAAUCAGAUAAACGUAUUCCACAAAGUUUAUUGUUCAUGCUGAACAAUAUCAUAUGUGAGAGAUGAAAUUUACAUAAUUCCGAUCAAUUAUUUAGAUGUUUUAUUACCCCAGUCGCAUGUUAAGAAAGUAUUUAGAUAACCGUGAACAGCUAUUAAUUUAUUGGAGACCGAUUAAUUUAAUCUGAACUGUAGUCCAAGUUAAACCAUUACAAUAUGUUUUCAUGAUGUGAUGUAUGUAGACUAGUAUUUUCCGUUAAAUGUAGUAGCAUAGGACAAUCUGAUUGGAAAUAGUGACCUUGAGUAAUGACUUUAUAAAUAAAGGAAAAAUGACUUGUUAUGCUGAUUAACUGAAUGUUUUCAAAAGGAAUACGCGGAUUGAUUGAAUCGAAUUGGGCUCAAAAAUACUCUUCGACGAAUGAACAUACGGUUGAGUUACUGACUUCAGUAGUUCUUGAAGCGUUACUACUAAUUCAAUCAGAUGCGUUUAAAAUCUCAGCCAAGGACGGAAGUCUUUCAAAAUUUCCUCAAUACUUAUCAUUGGCAUUAGAAAGCUUUGUUUUGCUUGUUUUUUUCCGUUACCGAAUUCUUUUCUUCACUCUAAGCAUCUGAUCUCAAACUCAUAUUUCGAUUUUUUUAAUUCCUUGAGUUGCUGGCGGAAGGAGCGAUUUCCUCAUCUCUGUUUACAAAUUAUUACUAAUAUGAAGUUUAUGCUGUCCAUUCCCAAGUUUCCCGUAGGUUACAAAUUUUUCAUAGUUCACUUAGUCGAAAAGUAUGUUUUAGUACCUCCGAACAAUACCUGAAUAGUUGAGUAAAUAAUAUCUUUAGAAGUACUGUCACCAAAACAACUCAUGAUUUUUUAUCUUUAUCUCCAUAAGAAUCGAGAUGUACUAGUAAGUGGAAAAAAUAACCAAAAACACAGUCACUCAUUGAAUUUCUGUUGAACUGUUUCCUUUAAGUAAAUCUGAAGCCUUCUUCACAACACAUAAUGCUUAAAACCGAAAGAAAACGCAUACCAAUAACCAUAUACAACAAACAGAUCACAACGUCUUUUAACAAAACAAUACUGAGUUAAGGUCUGAAUUAAACAGUUCUUGAAAUUCAAAAAUUUGAUUUCUGAUGCCUCAUAGGUAACAAAUAUUUUGUUUAGCUAACGUCUACGAUUAUCAAUUUAUUUAUCAACCUAAUCGUCUAGAUGGUUUACCCUAUUCUCAUUGAUCUCAAUAUUUUACAUAUUCAGUGGUUCUUAACUUGGGAAAACUUACUGUCCACUUUUAUUCUAGAAGUAUUUGCCAUCAAGUUAAUACUAAUCUAACAGUGUAUUUCAAAUUAUCAAAUAAAAUUGCUCCGAACAUUCAUAACACGUUCCUAUAAAUUGAGAUGGAAGUCAAUUUUUACUUGUUGAGGUUUUAUACUGAUUAUUUUAACUUGUAUGUGAUAUUUGUCAGUGGUACGGGUACGCGAACACCGUGUAUCUUGCAUAUUCCGUAAGGUUAUAUAUUCUUGAGGAGUGCAAUACUAAGAUGAAUCAACUGUCCAGUCCUCCCUAGUACUCAACAAAUAGUCAAGUUAGAUGGCUUCGUGACGAGAAUGUACUUUUUUUCCCAUGAAAGUUGCGGUAUGGUAUUAUUUUAUGUAAAUAGUUGAACAAUAAGUCUCAUGCUUCAUUAGAUUUCAUCUUUUUAGGAAGUUGCUCCAUAUCUGUAAUCAUAUUUUAUUGCCUGCAGAUACAGCUGGACAAGACAGUUAAAAAUCUCGGUAAUGGGUUAGAUUCACUAAUCAAUGAAGGCGGUUCUAACUUAAGUAUUGGACAGAGACAAUUAUUUGCAUUAUCCCGAGCAAUUAUAAGUGGAAGCCGCAUAUUGGUGGUAGAUGAAGCAACAUCCAACGUUGAUCCCAGUACUGAUUUCAUCAUUCAGAAAACUCUCAGGAGCAUUUUCAAAGACGUUACAGUUUUAACUGUUGCACAUAGACUACAUACUGUCAUAGAUAAUGAAAUUGUAGUGGUUAUGGAGAGUGGCGAAGUAAUAGAAUCCGGUCAUCCGCAUGUGCUUCUUAAUCCCGAUCUUGCUGAGACUGAUAAAAAGAAUUACAACGUGGAUGAAAAUCACUUAUCAACUACUGAUGAUAUUCAAAUAAGUGGUAAUGGUCCACUAGCAAAAUUAGUAAAGCAAUAUGGGGAUAAUGAGUCCAGAAAUUUAGCUCAGAUAGCACGAAAAUCAUUUAUCGAGAUGCUGGGAAAUGAAGACGCUAUUCUUUAAUUACCUUACCUACUUUGUAAUUGUACAAAUCAAUUUCAUAACGCUAUGUUUUACAACGUGAUUAUUUUCCUGUGAUUUGAUAAUAAACGAGCGAAGUCUGAGACCUU